AUGGCGCUAUCCCCCAAACAAACCUGUGUCCACAUUGUUUUCGCGUCUCCGCAGACACCGCGUCAGAACCAGGUGAGCGUGAGAACCAGCUGCCUCCCAAACCGCCGCCAUUCCCAGAUCCAGGAGUUCAAAGAGGCCUUCAACAUGAUCGACCAGAACAGAGACGGCUUCAUCGACAAGGAGGACCUGCACGACAUGUUGGCCUCUCUGGGGAAGAACCCGUCAGACGAGUACCUGGAGGGCAUGAUGGCUGAGGCCCCGGGGCCCAUAAACUUCACCAUGUUCCUGACCAUGUUUGGGGAGCGGCUGAAUGGCACGGACCCCGAGGACGUGAUCCGCAACGCCUUUGCCUGCUUCGACGAGGAGGGCUCCGGAGUGAUCCACGAGGAACACCUGAGGGAGCUGCUCACCACCAUGGGCGACCGCUUCACGGACGAGGAGGUGGACGAGCUGUUCCGCGAGGCUCCGAUCGACAAGAAAGGAAACUUCAACUACGCCGAGUUCACCAGAAUCCUGAAGCACGGGGCCAAAGACAAGGACGACGAAUGA